GAACUGGUUCCUGAAAUGUUCAACAUUGCGGAAUAGGAUGACUGCUCAAACAUAACAUUUAUUUCUAAUUGAAAUUUUUUGAAUGUUUAUUCAUUUAUUUUAUUUUGUACAAAUUUUUCAAUUCAAAUCAGUUUUUUUGUUGAUAAGUUUUCUAAAACAUUUUUUUUUCAAAUUUUUACUUAACAAAAAAAAUCACUAAUAUCAAAUAAAAUCUGAUUUUUCAUUUAAUAUAUUUAUGAACAUUUUAUUCAAAUUUAUUCUUUUCUCUUUUCUUUGAUGAAUAACAAGUUUUCUUUUUGUCAUCAAAAUCUUUUGUUUUCAUCAUUUCCUAGAACCAAAAUUUAACAAAUGGAAACAAAAUGCCAUCACUGUGUCUGGUGGAAAUCGAAAAGGACAAGGAUUAAAUCAACUUAAUUUUCCUUUUGGAAUCUUUAUUGAUCAAAAGAAAACUAUUUUCAUUGCUGAUUGUUGGAAUCACCGUAUUGUUCAAUGGAGAUAUAAUGCUAACCAAGGACAAAUCAUUGCAGGUAGAAAUGGUGAGGGAAACCAAACGGAUCAAUUGAAUUAUCCAUCAGAUGUGAUUGUUGAUCAACAAAAUCAUUCGAUCAUCAUUGCUGAUCAUGACAACAGACGAGUGAUUCAAUGGUUAAAUCAAAAUGAAAAAAUUCUUAUUUAUAAUAUUGACUGUCAUGGUUUGGCAAUAGAUCAAAAUGGAUUUCUUUAUGUUUCUGAUCCUAGGAAGAAUGAAGUGAGACGAUGGAAAAUGGGAGAAUAUAACAAUGAAGGAAUUGUAGUGGCUGGUGGAAAUGGAAAAGGAGAUGAACUCAAUCAAUUCGAUUGGCCUACUUUUAUUUUUGUUGAUGAAGAUCAGUCUGUUUACAUAUCAGAGUUGAACAAUCAUCGUGUGAUGAAAUGGGAAAAAGAUGCAAAAGAAGGAAGAAUUGUGGCUGGAGGAAAUGAUGAAGGAGGAAAACUCAAUCAAUUAUCUCAUCCUCAAGGAGUAAUUGUUGAUCAUUUCGGUCAGAUCUAUGUGGCUGAUAGUGGGAAUCAUCGAAUAAUGCGUUGGUGUGAAGGAAAAGAAAAAGGUGAAAUUGUUGUUGGCGGGAAUGGUGCAGGAAAUCAAUCAAAUCAACUGAAUCAUCCCAUAGAUUUAUCUUCUGAUGAUGAAGGAAAUCUUUAUGUUGCCGAUUUUGGAAAUGAUCGAAUUGAAAAAUUUGAAAUAAUUUUGUGA